UAUCAGGUGCCUGAUUCUGUGUAAUGUGCUUCUACUGAUAUUUUCUCAGUAAGCUAAAUACACAUCUCUUUUAUUUGAGAAGCAUACGACAAAAUGAACAACGCGUGCACUUUUCUUUUUAUUUCCGAGUAAACAUUGCGCCCAUUGUGAGCACUGAAUCCAUGACAGGCUUGAAACAGGAAAUAGGCUGUUUGACACAAAGGCUGUGCAUACUCCCCUACUAUGUAGUACGUACACUGUGCGGUAACUUCCACCUUGUCAUACUAUACUAUAUAGGACGGCAGUGCGCGCGCUGGGACGGAGCCAAUUGGCUGCGAUUCGACUGCUGUAGGAGAAUUUUUCCAGCCGGUUAUGCAAAACUAUAACGACGGACUGAAAGGAUUCGUUCGCUGUGUGUGUCAGGAUAUUGUCUCUUGCCUUUCCUGUCAAGUUGUCCUGUUGUAUUUCCUGCAAACCCAAACCAAGUCAUGUCCUUCAGGAGGGGUGUGGUUAGGCAAAGUAAGUUCCGACAUGUAUUCGCCCAGGCGUGGAAGGCGGAGCAAUGUCUGGAUGACAUCAGAGUUAGCCGUGUGACAUGGGAUGGGCAACUUUGUGCAGUCAAUCCAAAGUUCAUCGCUGUUAUUACUGAGGCUGGAGGGGGUGGAGCCUUCCUUGUAUUACCACUCACAAAGACUGGUAGAGUAGACCAGUCCACUCCCACUGUGUGUGGCCAUGCUGCUCCUGUGCUUGAUAUCCAGUGGUGUCCACAUGAUGACAAUGUAAUUGCCAGUGCUUCAGAGGACUGCACAGUAAAGAUAUGGCACAUUCCUGAUGGCGGGCUCAUAACGCCAAUGACGGAGGCUACAUUAACUCUAGAGGGCCACAGUAAAAGAGUGGGCAUUCUGGCCUGGCACCCUACUGCACUUAACAUCUUACUAACAGCAGGGUGUGAUAACGUAUUGUGCAUAUGGGAUGUUGGCACGGGUGAGCUGGUGUACGAGCUGAGUGAUGCUCAUCCAGAUCAGAUCUACAAUGUGAGCUGGAACAGAGAAGGCAGUGUGAUCUGUACCACCUGCAAAGACAAAGCCCUGCGUGUUAUUGACCCUCGACGAGGAACUAUCCUUAAGGUGCGUGACAAGGCCCAUGAGGGCACUAGGCCAAUGAGAGGUGUCUUCCUGUCUGAUGGAAAAAUCCUGACAACCGGCUUUAGCCGCAUGAGUGAGAGACAGAUGGCUCUAUGGGAUACGAAAGAUCUCUCAGAGCCAAUGGCUGUUCAGGAAAUGGACACCAGUAAUGGAGUUCUCCUUCCUUUCUAUGACCCAGAUACAAACAUGGUCUAUCUGUGUGGAAAGGGUGACUGCACUAUUCGCUACUUUGAGGUAACCAAUGAGUCUCCUUACAUCCACUUCCUCAGUCUCUACAGUAGCAAGGAGCCUCAGAGAGGAGCUGGUUUCCUCAGCAAGAGGGGAGUGGAUGUUAACAAGUGUGAGAUCGCCAGGUUCUAUAAACUCCAUGAGAGGAAGGUUGAGCCUAUUUCCAUGACAGUGCCAAGAAAGUCAGACCUGUUCCAGGGGGAUUUGUAUCCAGACACAGCAGGCUUAGAGCCCUCUCUACUGGCUGAAGACUGGAUUGCAGGCCAGGAUGCUCCGCCAAUCUUAGUCUCUAUGAGUGGGGGCUACAACGUUCCUGCCUCCAAAUAUAACACACUUCGUGGAAGACCUAAACUACUACCUCAGAGCAACUCAGCUACUAGCAUCAGUACCAGCACUACAGCUUUCAGCACAUACACUGCUGGCAGACAGACAGAGAGUGAGAGGACACAGGUUAGGAAAGAGGCUGAAGGAGGGACAGAGAGAACAAGGAAAGAGGAUGACCAGCUGGCUGAUAUUUUGACAGAAAUUCGUGCCCUUCGUGCUCUCGUGUUAGCUCAGGGUCACAGGAUCGACAUGCUUGAGAGGCAGCUAGCACGAUUUGGAGAAGUGUGACCUACGGACACCAAUAGCCUUAACCUAAUAUACGAUAGCUUUACACUACAGUGAAGGGUCCUGGGAAAUGCAGUUAAAUACCUUAAAUGUAACAUGAUAAAUAUUGAGCAUUGACAUUUUAGGCUUGUUUUAGAUAGGAGACGUGGGGUUAAAAAUCAUGAGUCGAUGAAAGGUUAUAUUAAAAAAAGAGGAAAUUGUAUAUCGCUUUUACAUCAGGUACUGACUACUGCUGCUAAUCGGAAACUGAUUUAUGAAAGAUUGCAGUAUGGGCUGAAGUACUUUUUAUUUAGGUGGCACUAGCAUUUGGGUGUGUAGCUCAUCAAUCUCAAAAGUGUCAAUGAGAGCGCAAUAUGGAACCCAAAAUCCCACAUGCUGAACUCUUUAUUAGCCUUUGCUAUUAACUAGCCUUGAUGAUCAUAAUGCAUAUCUGCAUCUAUUGGCCAGAACUGUUAAAAUCAUCUUUUCUGUUUAUAUUAGAAUGGUGUAAAUCUUAACAAUGUAGCUCUUGUGACAUUUGUGGUGUGGGUUAGUACGUACACUUCAUUUUAUACCAUUAGAGACUGUGUUUUGUGUAGAUACUCUGUGGGCUGUAUGUAUACUUAAAGCCUAUGUAGCACUGAGGAUUCACUGUUUCAGACUUUCUGCCUGCAUUAAAAAAUAAAAAGAUUUCACCCUUCUUAGAUAUUAAUUAAAUAACAGUAGGGCUAUGAUAGAUUUUUUUUUUUACUUUUUUUUUCAUACCCACAUACUGUAUAUUUGUGCACUACAAUCAGGGAUGUCUGUUUGCUCAUCCUUGUUCCUUAAUCAUUAUGUUUACACUUUAUUUGAUUUAUGUGAUGAAAUGUGAAAUACAUGUUUUCUUGCAGAUCUGUCACUGAAAAUAAAAUCCAUAAGUGUGUUCAACACUGA